AAAACCUUGUCCUUUUAUUCUGGUUCCUGUGUCUUCAUUCUGAACACCAUUUGUCUCUUCUUUCACUCUCUCUUCUGUGACUCAUCAAUGGCUGGCCCAGGAGAGGGAAUUCACAGUGGCCAUGAAUGAAUAUCUUUUUUUUUUUUUUUUUAUCUCAGUGAGUUUCUUUUCUCACCCAUCUAGCGUUUUUUCUUUUCUGCAUAUUCAGUUUCAAUGAGUAACUCACUACACUUGAGGAAUGGUGGUAGUGGAUUCAGUGCUGAAAUGAAUGUUUUCCCUUUAGCUUCUGUUCCUGUUCUUGCUCUCCAGUGUUCAAACACUUUGGGGUUCAUGGGUCAUGUUGGAGGAACAGAAACUGAAUGUUCUGACAUGCCCUUUAAGAAUUUGAACUCCUCACUGAUCCAACACCAGGAGAAAGAAGAAGAAUGUUUUGGGAUUCAGAAUAAGGACUUGUCUUUGAGACCUGGUGAAGAACUUGAAGCUAAGGGUUCUUCAUUCACAGAGAAAAUUAGACAGACCAAGCUUUGUGCAAGAGGACAUUGGAGGCCAGUUGAAGAUGCCAAACUUAAAGAGCUUGUUGCACAAUUGGGACCUCAAAAUUGGAACUCCAUAGCAGAACAUCUUCCUGGAAGAUCAGGAAAAAGUUGCAGAUUGAGGUGGUUUAAUCAGCUAGAUCCUAGAAUUAACAGAAAGGCUUUCGGUGAGGAAGAAGAGGAGAGACUCUUGAAUGCUCACAAAGUGUAUGGUAACAAAUGGGCCAUGAUUUCUAGACUCUUCCCUGGUAGGACUGAUAAUGCAGUGAAGAACCAUUGGCAUGUGAUCAUGGCUAGGAGGCAAAGGGAAAAGUCAUGUGUCUUCAGAAGGAGAAAACCCACAUUUCAGAUCCUUCCACCAAAGGAUUUGGAUUUGAUCUUGCCAGUGAAUGGA